AUGUCCAACAACAACUCGUCCAUUGGACGCUACGCGCUCUACAAGCGCGGCACCGACCGACUUGUCACCUUCUUGAUAGACGCAGCCACUUGCUGUCGCCGCAGCGCCACCGCGAAAGCCACCAAGAGCGGCAAGGUCCAAACAAGCGACCUACUCAAAUGGGCCGAGAUACUUUCGACCUGGAACCCGCCGCCAGACAUCCCAGCUUCAAUCAUUGAGCUCAUCAAUGAUGUAAUCCUCGGACGGACCGCGAGCGCCGUCUUCCAUGUCUCCAUUCAUACAAAGCCGACCACAAAAGAGGCCAAAGACGACGCGGGCCAUCAGUACUUCAUCGAGGUCCUGCACGAGGUCCGUCGGCUGCUGAAGCAGGCCCGACUAAGGGUAAAGGCGGCGCGCAAGCAGGAAAUGAAAGAGGUGGAGUGCGAAGCUCCCACCAACUCCCGAGAAGCUYUCGCCAACUUGUUUGAGCUCUUGCAGGUCGACGAGCCUUCUGAAACAUCCUCGAAAGCUCCAACCAAGCAGAGAGCCAAGACCGCGAGCGCGCCACCAGCGCCUGUGCUCGAGGUCGAUGGAGCGGAAGAGAAGCGCUUCGCGUUGACUUGUUUCCUGCUAGACUUGCAGGAGAUCCGUGCUCUCGCAUGUGAGUCCUGGAACGAGUAUCACAACGGCGAGAUCAGCCUCAAUGUGGCGAGUCGGAUAUCGGAGACGGCCUUUGGAAUCAUGCGUCGUGCCAACAACGUCUUCACGGCGAAAUAUCCUGAUCUCGCGACUUACGACAGCGUGUUGGCUUGUCUUGGUUAUGGAACGGCAUAUAACGACGGACCACGACUGAUCAUCCUUGAGACGGGCGAGGUGAUGGAUCCACAAAGCGCUGCUGCACGUCUUCUGUGUCCAGUCUCUGCAUUUGCAACGAGCAAAGUUCGAGAACACUGGUGCGAUUUAAAUGCUUUGAUCUCGGAAGAGCCAGACAAACUCACCACCAGACCACCGUCAGAUCCCUCAGGCGUCACCAAAUGCCAUGGGUUCGUGCAGACACUGCACCAGCAUUCGACCGACCUCUGGCGUGCGUACUGCCUACGAAUGGAUCGUCCGGCCGCCUCUGAGUUUGAAAGAUGUCUUCGGGCAAUGCAGGCAACCGACAGCAUGUCCAUUUCCACAGUCAGUAACGUCCAGGUCUACCUGCACAUACAUGAAACUCUGGAAACACAUCUGGACGCGGGGUGUGUAAGCAUCGUGGACCAGAUCCUGAGCGUCGCCGACAAGAUUAAAGAGCUCGAAAAGGUCAUGAAUCGUGUGUUCUCCACCGAAGAGUGCUCACACACGGAUUUAGUGAAUCAAACAAUAGCAAUAUUCAAGGAUCUCUCCAAGGGAGAGGGAGCGGCGGAGGUCCUCAAGUCUUGCAUUGAAUCGGUUCGAGAGUCCGACAAGGCGCCAGAAAUGAACAUUUGGCGAAAGUUUCCUGCCGCAGGCUCCCACUGGACGGAGAAUCAUUUGGCGACCUUUCAUUCAUUCGGCGCAGAAUGGGCCGCAAGUGGGUUUCAGAUUAUCAGCAUGGCCCAUCUCUACAAUGCCGGUCGGCGGCUAGGCCUGAUAGAAUCUCCAUGGCCCGAUAUGGAAUGGAUUCUUCGCGAGCAUGGUAACCUGGUCUUGGACUUUGGACAGAAGCGCAGUCCGGGUACCUUUGAGUCCAACUUCGCUCAUGUAACGGGUAUGCCACGUUCACUGGCCGCCCGGGAAAACAUCAGAUUGAGUGGUUGCACCUAUAACAUGCGACCGCGGAGAGCACUCGAGUCUGGCUCACAGCUUUGGAAGGCUGAACGUGAGCAGAGACUUAGUGAUAGGGCCCUCGGUGGAUUCGAGCGCUCGGAGCGUCAAGAGAUCGUGCUUCAGAAGCUCACUGAAAAGGCCGAAGUUGCGAAACACGUCGGCCGCAAGCCUAAGCAGGCGUAUCACUCACCACAGUACACCGGCAUUCAGCUUUUGCGCACAUUCAAGAAGCUGCGAAUCGAGGAUGACAUGAGGAUGAACUUCAGCUACCUUAGAUUCUGGAUGAUAUGCGCAGAUCUGGUUGAGGAGUUAACGAGGAUGUAUCAUGCUCAUGUUAAGGCCACCGGUCCAGAUAUGGCAGACUAUUGGCUUGUAGACCUGCUGCUGCUCGACGCAGAUCGUCAAGAAGCAAAAGAUGGUCAAGGCACCGAACUGUUCAGCUGUGUCAUGGAAUUGAUCACAUAUUUCAUUUCACAAGAGGGCGACAAAUGCGUCACGGAGGCCACGGAGCUCUCGAAAGGUUUCAAUCCGGAACGCGCGAAAGACUUGCCAACGGCUUUGGGGUGUAAGAGUACGGGAGAAGUCUGCGACUGCAGUGUCUGCCUCAUCAGGAACAGCGGUCAGAAUGCUCAUGAGGAACCGCUUGCCAGCGUGACUGCUGAGAGUACUGGAGAAUGUGGAGAUGUUGGACCUGGUGUGGAGCCGAUGCUCAAACCACUGUCUAAGCAUGCCGCGACUGUCGUCGAUGCGAAUGAGUGCGACUGCGACCAAGACGACUGUGAAGGAUGCGCUUAG